UUCUUCUUCAAGUGAGAAAGGAUAAACAAGUCUCUGAAGUCUGAAAUGGCUUCUCUUCAGCUCACUCUUCUUCCUUCUUCCCGAUUCAGGACCGUACCGGUUCGAUGUGCGGUGGAACGCCGGGAGCUCUUCAACCGCAUUGCACCUGCCUAUGAUAAUUUGAAUGAUUUGUUGAGUCUGGGUCAGCAUCGGAUAUGGAAACGAAUGGCUGUAUCGUGGAGUGGAGCGAAACAGGGAGAUUGUGUCUUGGAUUUAUGCUGUGGAAGUGGGGAUUUAGCUUUUCUUUUAUCCGAGAAGGUUGGAUCCAAUGGCAAGGUUAUAGGUCUUGAUUUUUCUAAGGAGCAACUAUCGAUUGCUUCAUCUCGUCAACGAUUGCUGGCAAAGGCCUGCUACAAUAAUAUCGAAUGGGUUGAAGGUGAUGCAAUGUACUUGCCAUUUUCUGAUACUAGUUUUGAUGCUAUAACCAUGGGUUAUGGGCUGCGAAAUGUGGUCGAUAAACGUAUGGCCAUGCAGGAGAUCUUUCGAGUUCUGAAACCAGGCUCAAGUGUCUCGGUCCUUGAUUUUAAUAAGAGCUCUCAGCCAUUUGUUACUGCUAUUCAGGAGUGGAUGAUAGAAAAUGUUGUUGUCCCGGUGGCAACUGGUUAUGGCCUUGCAGAGGAUUAUCAGUAUUUGAAGAGCUCUAUCAAGGAAUUUUUAACAGGGAAGGAGUUAGAGACACUUGCUGUGGAAGCAGGAUUUUCCAAUGCCAAACAUUAUGAGAUCAGCGGAGGGCUCAUGGGUAACUUAGUAGCCAGAUAUUAGAUCGCACUCGUGCUUGGCCUGGCAACUGAGUACGAGGGGCUUGUUUAGACGUACAGGGGCUUGUUCAGCACGGAAAAAAGUUCAGGGGCUUAGUUGAACAUCGCCCAUUUUGUGACUUAUCCCUAUAUCAAUCCAAUAGAAUUUUGAGAGAGAUGCAUGUACUUCAUUUGAUAUACUAAUGAAGUUUGAAGAUCUUUUAUAA